AAACGUGACCAGGCACGCGUCCCCUCCGCCGCCGCCGCUCUCGCGCCCGCCCGAUAACCGCAGCAGAGCCAAGAACCAUCACCCGCCAUGGAGCACUACGAGCGGCUCGGCAAGAUCGCCGAGGGCGCCUCGGGGGCCGUCUACAUGGCCCGCGACCGCCGCACCGGCGAGACCGUCGCCGUCAAGCGCCUCCGCGCGGGGCCCGGCAGCGGCGACGGGGAGGCCUUCGCGGCGGCGUUCCUCCGCGAGGCGCGCUGCCUCGAGGCCUGCCGCGGCCACCCGUGCCUCGUCGAGCUCCGCGCCGCGCACCUCGAGGCCGGCGCGGGCGCGUUCCUCGUCAUGGAGUACGCCGGGCGGAGCCUGGCGGAGGUCGUGCGCGAGCGGGAGGCCCGCGGCGCCGGGCGGGCGUUCCCGGAGGCCGAGGCGCGCCGCGUCGUGCGGCGCCUCCUGGAGGGCGCCGCCGCGAUGCACGCCCGCGGCGUCCUGCACCGGGACCUCAAGCCCGACAACGUCCUCCUCGACGCCCGCGGCGGGGUCAAGAUCUGCGACUUCGGCCUCUCCCGCGCCGCCGCCGCGGACGCCGGCGAGCUCACGCCGGGCGUCGCCACGCUGUGGUACCGCGCGCCGGAGCUCAUCCUCGGCUCGCGGGAGUACGACGCGGGCGUCGACACCUGGGCGCUCGGCUGCAUCAUGGCCGAGCUCCUCGCCGGCGCGCCGCUCUUCCCGGGGAGGUCGGAGAUGGACCAGCUCAACCGCGUCUUCGACACGCUGGGGAUGCAGGACAUGGCGUCCUGGCCGGGCUUCGCGCGGCUGCCGCGCGCGGGCUCGGGGCUCUGCCGCCGCGCCCGCCCCCCCAGCCGCCUCCGGGAGAUGUUCCCGGCGCUCUCGGCCGCAGGCUUCGACGUCCUCAGCGGGCUCCUGGCGUGCCGGCCGGACCGCCGGCUCGCCGCCGCGGACGCGCUCCGGCGCCCGUGGUUGGCGGACGCCGCGCCGCCCGAGGCCGCGCCGGCUGAUCAGCUGCGCUCCGCUUCCUGCGCCGCCGCCAUGGCUUCCAGUGUCGCCGGCGUCGCCGAGGCGAUCAUAGCGUAGAGCGCGAGUACAACACAUUCGAUUCUUUGAUUGCUUGUAAAUCAAAAAAGAAUAAUAAUUCUUUCAUUUGUGAAAGUAUAGUUUAGGUCAGACACUGGUAGCAUAGCAUCUGUUUGAUGGCGAUCCUGUAACCUCGUCCUUGACUCACUAAAGAAUUGGGGUAAACGUGAACGAAUCUUGAAGACAA